GGUGUUCGCGGGGCCGCCGCCGCCGCGGGGAUCGUCGAGCGUGGGAGGCGGCUGUGCUGGGGGAGGGAGGGCCCAGCCCGCCUGCCCGACGGCGGCGGCAGCAGCAGCAGCAGCAGCAGCAGCAGCAGCAGCAGCAGCAGGAUGCAGAACGUUAUCAACACGGUGAAGGGGAAAGCCCUGGAGGUGGCCGAGUACCUCACCCCCGUGCUCAAGGAGUCCAAGUUUAAAGAAACUGGAGUAAUUACACCUGAAGAAUUUGUUGCAGCUGGAGAUCACUUAGUUCACCACUGUCCUACUUGGCAAUGGGCUUCAGGAGAAGAACUAAAAGUCAAGGCUUAUCUGCCAACAGACAAACAGUUUUUGGUAACUAAAAAUGUGCCGUGCUACAAAAGAUGUAAACAGAUGGAAUAUUCAGAUGAACAGGAGGCAAUUAUAGAAGAAGAUGAUGGUGAUGGAGGAUGGGUGGACACUUUUCACAAUACAGGUAUAGUGGGUGCAACAGAAGCAAUUAAGGAGAUCACGCUAGACAGUAAGGAUAAUAUAAAAAUACCAGAACGUUCAGCAUCUUGUGAAGAUGAUGAUGACGAAGAUGAAGGGGAAGCUGCAGACAUGGAAGAAUAUGAAGAAAGUGGGCUCUUGGAGACAGAUGAUGCAACGCUUGACACAAGACAGAUUGUAGAAGCUAACAAAGCUAAAGUUGAUGUUGGAGGGGAAGAUGCUAUUCUACAGACUAGAACUUAUGAUCUGUAUAUCACUUAUGACAAAUACUACCAAACUCCAAGGCUCUGGUUAUUUGGAUAUGAUGAGCAACGGCAGCCUCUAACAGUAGAGCACAUGUAUGAAGAUAUUAGUCAAGAUCACGUCAAGAAAACAGUGACAAUUGAAAACCAUCCUCAUCUUCCUCCUCCUCCCAUGUGCUCAGUUCAUCCAUGCAGGCAUGCAGAAGUGAUGAAGAAAAUAAUUGAGACUGUUGCAGAAGGUGGGGGAGAACUUGGAGUUCACAUGUAUCUUCUUAUUUUCUUGAAAUUUGUACAAGCAGUCAUUCCAACAAUAGAAUAUGACUAUACAAGGCACUUUACAAUGUAACUAAAAUAAGAGAUGUUCUGUUCUACUCAUCAAAUCUGACUUUUUUUAAAUAACCAAUACCUGUGACUUACUCAACAUUAUACACAGUUUCUGUAAUUCUAACCUUUUGUCAAGUUGAUGCAUUAAAAUAAACUGUUCCAUUACCAGCCUUUUAAUAAAAAUCUUUGUGUGUAAUA